AUGGCAUCCGAUAUGAGCCAUUCGUCCUUGGCUUGGGUUAAGCUGUCCAUAAACACAAGCAUGUUUUUCACGCAAGAACGGUUCGGGAUCAGAUGGGUUAAUGAUACUACUUGUGUAUCUGGAUUCAAGUCACUUCUGUCCCGUUGGAUGCCCAUACAAAUGCUACCACACUGCAGACAGCUACUCCUCAGUUAUCUAACAAAAGGUCCCACCCGGUCCUUUGGUACCAGUGCUUCAAUUUGGGGUGGCUUUGGUCGGAAUGUUGGGGGUUGGGCUCGCCGCAUUGUUAAUGGCUUGAGUGAGACAGAACGCACCAUACUUCUUCAAGAACUGUCCAAACACAAAGCAUCCUCAAAAAUAACCGCUCCCACUAGCCCAGCAACAGUUUCACACUUAAAUACAACUCAUCUACGCCUAACCAACGGACUUCCUUUCAUAGGCUUCGGCUUUCUAGAUAACGCUAUAAUGAUCAUAGCCGGUGAGUAUAUUGAUUUCACGUUCUCAUCAGUGUUUGGGCUUUCAACGAUGGCAGCUGCUGGGCUUGGGAAUUGGGUGUCGGAUUUAUGUGGCAUUGGGACUGUCGGCUACGUCGAAAGAUUUGCGGCAAGACUGGGCUUUGUUACUCCUCCAAUGCGUCCGGAGUUGGCGGGAUCCCGCUUGUUCAUGUGGACCACGAUGCUAGGACGCAUUACUGGAAUUACCAUCGGUUGUCUGCUUGGUUUGCUUCCUUUGCUAUUUUUCGAGCGGGAUAGAGAUACAGAAAGCACAGCGCCAAAAACCAAAUCUUGAUAAGUGCCAAGCUAUAAGAACAGAGUUCCAUGGAACAACCGUUUUCUCCAUGGUCCGUGUCAGUGUUGACCUUUAACUUUUUCUAUAUUUGUACCCAGAUCCAGCAUUUUAUAGUCAAUACUCUCCUUGUGAUUACCGUCCAGUCGCUGUAACCAUCCAAUCAGACGCAACCAUUUUAUUAUCCUCGUAACCAUGCUUACCAAUCGGUUGCCUUGUUGUUGUUGUCUUUCUUUUUAUAUGACAAUCGCUUUGUAUGAGUAGUUUUCAUGUGUGCACUUCGUGGUUUGAAAGCACUGUGAUCUGACUAUCCUGUUGUCGAUUAUCAAGUGGGAUGUAACUGUUUUCUAGCAUUCCAUACAUGCUCUCAUUCCGUUUACUAGCUCGAAUCGAUGAUAACCGACAUAGUUGCCACUGGUAACCUAUGUUUCAACCAUCUGGCUGAUGUCUUCUGUUGACUAUUCCUUCAGCUCAUACCUCAAGUACACCAGGCCACCUUGCAGAUGGAAUUUCACUGGGAAUAAACAG